AUGACGUCAGCGCGCACUGGCACCACUCUCUCCACCGACACAAACACCGCUGAACCCCGGCCAGGACACGGAGCACAGCCGCAGACACUUCUCCCGGGGGAGAUGACCAUUAGUAACCAGAUGCCUCUGGAGGGGCAGCUCAUCCUGGAGCUGGACGAUAACCCAUUCGCUGACUUCAUGUGGAUGGAGAACGAGGAGGAGUUUGACAGACAGGUGGAGGAGGAGCUGUGGGAGCAGGACUUUAUCGAGUCCUGUUUUAACGAGAUGUUGGAGGAGGAGGAACAGUCGGAGUGGUUCAUCCCGUCCAGAGACCUGCCCCAGGAGCCGGUCUCCAGAGUGCUGACGGAGAGCUUCACCCAGACGGGAGACCACGACUGCGGCUGCUAUGCUUCAGACAUACUGCUGCAGUCCAGUCUGAACCCCUACGCUAAAGAGUUCACUCCGGGCAUCCAGAGCCACGUCAUGUGA